CACGCGCCCGCCCAACUCAGAUCUCCAUCACGAUCAAGAUCCAACGGCCCAGAUCCACUCCCUCUCCUUCUGACUCUUCUCUCAAAAGAGAACAAUAAUAACAUUCUGAAUCUUCGAAAAGCCGAUCGGGAGGAAAAAUAAUUCAACGGCCGGCCGGUUGCUCUCUCUACCUCCGUUCUGACGAUUAAUCUCCCCGGAGCAGAUCUGUGAUUCGUUUCUAGACGCUAUACGCAAUGGCUGCUCCUCCUGCUAGAGCUCGCGCUGAUUACGAUUACCUCAUUAAACUACUCUUGAUCGGAGACAGCGGUGUGGGUAAGAGUUGCCUCCUCUUGCGUUUUUCAGAUGGCUCCUUUACCACCAGUUUCAUUACAACAAUUGGAAUUGAUUUCAAGAUACGGACUAUUGAGCUGGAUGGGAAGAGAAUUAAGCUGCAAAUCUGGGAUACUGCAGGACAGGAGCGGUUCCGGACUAUCACAACUGCGUACUACCGUGGAGCCAUGGGCAUUUUGCUUGUGUAUGAUGUCACCGAUGAAUCAUCUUUCAACAACAUCAGGAACUGGAUCCGUAAUAUUGAGCAGCACGCUUCUGAUAAUGUCAACAAGAUUCUCGUGGGGAACAAGGCAGAUAUGGAUGAAAGCAAAAGAGCUGUGCCAAAAGCUAAGGGACAAGCUCUUGCAGAUGAAUACGGAAUCAAGUUCUUCGAGACUAGUGCCAAGACGAACUUAAACGUUGAGGAAGUUUUCUUUUCAAUAGGUAAAGACAUUAAGCAAAGACUAGCAGAUACCGAUGCAAGGGCUGAGCCACAAACAAUCAGAAUCAACCAAUCCGACCAAGGUGCAGGGACAUCUCAAGCUACUCAGAAAUCAGCAUGUUGCGGUUCGUAGAGAAUCCGGUUGAAGAUACAAACAUGAUAUUUGCUUUUCGCUACGGGAUGGUGUUGUUUUCUACGUAUUCUUUUAAAAUCUUCAAUGUUACUCACUUAAAAAAGCUGCUAUAAAUAUUUGAUUACUCAUUGUUGCAGGCAUUGAAAUACAUUUUUAACGAAUG